AUGGCUGAGCCGCCUGAAUCUCUCAAAAAGGCCCAGCUAUGGGCUGUGGAGGCCUUGGCCUUUGCCAAAGAGAAGGUGGGUACCGAUAGCCUGUUGUGGGGUCAACAGGUCAUUGGCACUUCGUCGAUGUUCUCUGGCUGUGGGUAUGGGGAAAGAGCCUUGGAGUAUAUCCACGCAGCUCGGGCGCUCCAUGGAAAGGACCUUGGUUCCCUGACAGAAUGCCUGUGGACCUGUGAGAAGAAUGCGGCGGCGAGGUCUUCUCACUUGGACACCUUGUCUGUGGACGCUUGCAGGUUCAUGGACGUCUUUGAUUUCAUGUCCGAGGAUGCAGUAAAGGAGAUGAAAAAAGUAGGGACCAAGUCCGAUGUCAACCGGUUCAAGAGGUGGCUGACCAUCGGGCGCAAAGCUGACCUGCCUACCCAUGCCUAUUGCUGCCAGCACUUGAAGAAGUGUCCCAUCCGGUUUGCCCUUUUGAACCUCAGUGGGUCAAUGUGCGUUGCAUAUUCCACCUUGGGCAAUUUGCAGAAGUUGGACGAUGCCACGGCGAUGCUUCUGGUCAUCUAUAUGAUGCACAACUUUCGGAAGAGAGUUUGGGUUUUGGUGCACGAGAAUGUCAAGGGGUUCUUGUCGGAUACUCUUACUGACGUUGCUGCCGAAUAUGGAUAUGACCAUUUCCAAAUCCAAUGCAAACCAAUGGAUGUUGGCGUCCAUGUGGGACGUCCAAGGAAGCACCUCAGCAAUCUUUAA